AUGCAUCAUGUAGAUAUCAUGUACGAUAAAAGAUCAGUGCCCCAGGAGCCAAGACCUCAUUUUCAACAUUGGGUUUGGUUUAACAUGGAGCCACCACUUAUCAUUACCAACCUACAUUGGCUGGAUGGCCUUUUUAACAUGACAUUGACAUUUCGCAAGGAUGCAGAUAUCUUCAGACCUUAUGGUCAGCUAAUAGCCUUUAAAGAGCCACAAAACAUCACCAUCCCAACCAAAUCCAAGCUGGUGGCUUGGGUAGUUAGUAAGUUCUACCCAGGUGUCUGGAGAACAGCAUAUUAUGAAGAACUGAAAAAAUAUAUUCCGAUUGAUGUUUAUGGUAAAGGACACAUUGCACUGUCCUGGGAUGACUUCAAUAAGACCAUUUCUCAGUAUAAAUUCUAUCUGGCCUUUGAGAAUUCUGUCUUUAAAGAUUACAUCACUGAAAAACUAUGGUCAAAUGCAUUUGGCACAUGGACCUUGCCAGUUGUGCUAGGGACCUCCCGUGAGAACUAUGAACGUUUUGUCCCUGGAGAUGCUUUUAUUCAUGUCAAUGAUUUUCCAAGCCCAAAGGAUCUGGCCAUGUACCUUCUUGAGUUGGACAAAGAUGAUGAGAAAUACAGAAAAUAUUUCAACUGGAGAUCUCGAUAUUAUGUAAAGAAUGGGGGUGGAUGGCAACUUAGUUACUGUCAAGUGUGCAUGGCCUUAAAAAAUGGUCCUCAUUACCAGGUCAUUCCUAGCAUAGCAAAAUGGUUUCUGGGAAAUGGCACCUCUUCAUAA